AUGACGGCCGAAAUCGUCGAACUCGACGCUCAUGAGCAGCCCUCGGAGGAGAUGCGGGCAAAGUGGAAGGGGUACUCAAGAGCAGACCAGAAAGAUCUCAUAAAUGGAGACGUUCUCGAUGACCCCAGAUCACCAGCUCAAGCUGAGAAAUUUUGUGUGGCUGGGAAGAUAACCGUCGAACAACUCCAGACUGCAUUCUCACGAAUCAGUCCAAACGCCGUCGACACAUCCUCGCUCAAGGAGGUUCCCCUACUUUAUCACCCACUUCUGCCAGGCCUCAUUAUCGUUCCAGACCUGGUCCCUCCCGAAAUCCAGAAGACUCUGCUUUCUCUCAUGAUCAACCGAGAUCUCAGCGUCCCAACACAUCAAACAAACCUUCAUCUUCAUUAUGACGUUCCUUACCCGAAAGCGUCUGAUGGAUCAGCGGAAUCCUUCUUCUCCUACCCCCCAGACCAAACCCCUAUUUUCACCCCAAAGGAUCCCUCCGUUCACAAGCCCCUGUCCAUCAAGCAAGUCAUGGAGCGCCGUCUGCACUGGGUCACCCUCGGCGGACAGUACGACUGGACGAACCGGAUAUACCCAGAGGAGCGCCCGCCUGACUUUCCCGCCGACAUUGCCGACUUCCUCGAGACGCUGUUCCCCGAGACGCUGGCCCAGGCUGCCAUCGUCAACUUCUAUACCCCGGGAGACACGAUGAUGAUGCAUCGCGACGUGAGCGAGGAGACCGACAAGGGUCUCGUCAGUCUGAGCUUCGGCUGUGACGGGUUGUUCAUGAUUGCACCCAACGAACCCGACAAGGUGUCGGACGAGGCUAAAGCUACCGGCAAGGAGUAUCUCCUACUACGGCUCCGCUCCGGCGACGCCAUCUACAUGACGAAGGACUCGCGGUUCGCAUGGCACGGCGUGCCAAAGGUUCUCAAGGGAACGUGUCCAGACUACCUUUCCGAGUGGCCUGCAGAGGACGGGAAGUAUGAGGAGUGGAAUGGCUGGUUGCAGAACAAGAGGAUAAAUCUGAACGUCAGGCAGAUGAGAGACUAG